GGGGGUUGGUGGUCGGCUGUUCGCUGUCCGCGUGGCGGAGGAAUGCCGCGCCUUAGAAGGAUGCAGCGAGAACAGCUCGCUGUCGCAGUCAUGGCUGUUGCCGUCAGGAUGGCCGAGGACGCAUUCCAAAGCCUCGAUGACCUCCUYGGCUUCCGGACAGCAAGGCCCCUGUUCCUGGCGCAACAGUCCAAUGACACCCUGUUGGGUAUCGGGGAUGAUGACGAGGACCAUGGCCAGGGAGGGGGUAGUUUGCUUUGGUUGUGGCCAACCAUUGUCGAAUUCUGUGAUCUGUUGCCUCGGGCUUCUCCUAGGUGGUGGGUCAUGAGGCGAACAGCAGGGUUGUGGAACGACCUGCUUCCAAGAGACAACGCUGAGAACGACCAUUACAUGAAGCUGCUGCGCAUGCGUCGCUCCACCUUCCAUAAUCUGCUUCGAAAGAUGGGCCCUUUUUUGGAGAAGACAGUCACGAAAUUCAGGCUGCCAUUGCCUCCGGCGAAGCUGCUGGCCUAUGCUCUGCAGAGGUUGGCCCACGGUGACUCGCACUGGCACAGUUCCUCUUAUUACGGGAUGGGCAAAACCAGCAGCUUGCGAGCUAUUGUGGAAGUGGCGGAGGCCCUUCAUGCUGCUUAUCCGAAGGCUGUUAGCUUUUGGGGUUUCGAAGACCGUCAUCGGCGCAUGCAGCAAUUCGAGGCGUUGGGGUUCCCGAAUUGYUGGGGCUGUGUUGACUGCACCCAUGUGUAUGUCGACAAACCCCGCUCAAGGGACGGCGAUGACUAUUGCUCCGGUCGGCACAACCAAUUCUCCCUCGUGACGCAAGUGGUGGUGGACUCGGAUUUGAAGAUCUUGGACUUCUGCUAUGGUUUUCCKGGGACUGUGGGCGAUGCGCGUGUUCUGAAGAACACUUCACUGUACAGGCGAGCCCUGAAGGGGUCAUUGUUUUUUGACGAUCCACAAGAUCCYWUCCGUGGGGAACGACCUUCCAUACCAGGUGUCCMCGGCGGGUACUUGCUUGGCGAUGGCGGCUAUCCCAAUCUUCCCUGGCUCGUCAUUCCGUACRGGCGUCAACYGGUGGUCACGCGAGCAAUGCAGCAGUUUGACGCUCUACACAAGAUAGUGAGGUCUUGCAUCGAGUGUUUCUUUGGUGUGUUCAAGAUGCGUUUCCAGUUCUUCUACAGGCCGCACAUUGCUGACAUCACGAGGGAGAGGCUGGAGUUUCGCACUUGUUGUAUACUCCACAACCUGCUUCAGGGGUGGGGUGACCUGCCGGAAGYGGAUGACGAGUUGAUGGAUGCCUCGUCUCCCGACAGUCYGCCUCCCGAUGUUGACAGGCGUGUUGACGGAUGUCCGCUGGAGUCCAUGUUCGGYCGGGAACGUGGCCAGGCUGUGAGGGACGYACUGUGCACYGAGGUCCUCYGUUUGCGGGAGGCCCGACUUGAUGWKUAAAAGUUCGUCUUUUUCGUAUUUUCCAAUGCACCGGUGCCGUGUGCUG